CAUCCACACUCCACACUCCACACAGCAAACACCUCAUCAAACCACCUUUCCAACCCCAACCACCAACACACCAACAUGUCUGACUACAAGCCUACCGAGCACGGCGGUCUCCGCCAAGACGGCCAGCCUGACAAGCGCGUCGGCACUGGCGAGUUUGCACAAGGCAAGGUCGAUCCUCAUGAGGCAGGAAAGCAGGGUGGUCACGCUUCCGGUGGAUCUGGUGAUUCUGAUUUCACUGGCUCCAGUAACAGCGGUGGUUCCGCCAAAGGCCAGUUUGCUCAUGGUAAGGUUGACCCCAUUGAGGCUGGACAGAAGGGCGGUAACUCUUAGAUAUCCUGCUGCUCUUUAGCAAAGUCAAUGUAAAGAAUUCAUGAACUUCAC